AGCUAUGAAGAAGGACAGCCCUCACCCUCUGAAACAGAGCUCCUUCAGAGACAGACUUUUGUGGCCUCUCAUCAGCUCCCUGGAUAUGCCCCUACGCCUCAACCUGCCGGUGUUUCUGGAGUGUUUGAGAACAGUGUGAACAGCGCCAGCAGCAACACGAAAGCGUCUCCCGUGAUGAGCUUCCUCUCUGCUGUGGAGUCCCGGGCUGCGCAGGCUCCGGCCCCAGCAUCUGCUGUCUUACCACAGUUUAGGACUCCUUCCUGGCAGACAGGCCUGCCCUCCUCGCCAGCCGCUGAGCUGUUUGCUGCCGGACCUUUGCCGAGCACCGGGACGCUUCCGCCAUCCGCCCUUUCCACUUACCCACAUUCUACCACCUUCAGCAAUAGAAACUUCGCCACCACCUCACCUUUGGUGCUUCAGGAUUCAACUUUUAACACUACGGCAAAUGGGAUUUUAAACUCUCAUGACCCUUUGCUGCAAGCCAAGACUUCCCAGGGAACUGUCCCCGCUGCUUUGGCGUUUGAGCGCCUGGGCAGUUCUGUGUUGAGCAACAGCAUACCACCUCAGUCUUCAACGUACCGCUCGGCUCAAGAGUCUGCACCCCACCUUUUACAACCUCAGUUUGGUUUGUUGCCUUCAGCACUUGGGGGAGCCCAGCAAACUCCUCAGGCCUACAGUUCAACUCUCUUUGCGAGUUCUCCUGCUUCCAUCGAAAGAGCUCUUCUUCGAGAAUGUAGUGUCAUUAAACACCAUCAGCGGCCUUCAGGUACCCAGUCCGUUCAGGCACAGCUGCCUGGCUCCCAGCACUCCUUACACGGUUACCUGCCAAAUGCAAGUGUGGGUGAUUUCCAGGAGGCAGCCCGGCAAUCACCCUUGUCCUGCAGCCCAGCUGGAGAGUCCACUCAGGUGAGCGGCGGAGGGCUGCCACCAAAGGCCGCCCAGAGCGCGGUGGGGCUUGCUCAGUCUUACUCGUCUGCAGUCCCGUCAUCAGGGUACCCUUCUACUGCAAAAGGAAAAGGCUGUUCUGCAGAACAACUACUCACAUCAGCCAAGACCCCCAAACCUCAGAGUAUAAUCCCUCCCGUGCAGACACCAAGCUACUCCAAACCUUUACAUCACCAGAGUUCUGUCAUCUCGGGCCAAGCACAAAUUUAUUCUACAGCGCAGCUACCAAGCCUUUUAUCAGUUAGUCAGUCACAAAACUAUGGCUUAGUACAGCCACAUAAUGUGCCAUCCAUUGUUCAUUCACAGGUUUAUAGGUCCACCAAGGCUGAGAAAUUGCCAUCCUUAUAUAAAACAUUGACUUUUUCUGGGUCAUCUCAGACUAUAGCUUCUGAAAAUCAGACACUGAGUUUUUCAUCGAAUCAGCAAGAGGUAUUAUCUUCAGUUGCAAAUGAGAAUUACCCUGCUCAGACAAGAGAUCUGUCUUCAGUCAGUCAGUCUCAGAGUCACUCAUCUGGCCCCCCUCAGGGUCUGUCCCCAGCUAGCCAGACUCAGGCUAGUUACUCAUCUCCAUCCCAGGGUCUGUCGGUUGUUAGUCCUUCGGAAAGCUAUGCUUCAGGGCAGUCCCUGACAUUAACGGCCCCUUCUCUUUCUUACUCUUCUGCCUCUCGGGCUCAGAAUUUGCCAGAUGCUAGCCCAACUCAGAAUUAUAUUUCUAUGCAUUCUUCCCAAAACGUUCAGACUCAAGCGCCAUCAUCUCCCCAGUCCCAGAAAUUUUUGCCUACUGUCCAGCCAUCGUCUUUUACAUCCUCUGCUCAUUGUCAGACGUUACACAAUAACAUACCUUCCCCUGACCCAAAGGCCUAUGCCGAAAGCAAGCUUGAUGCAGAUGUGUACACGUCUACAAAGCAAGAAGAUAAUUUUCCAAUGCAAGAGUUACAGGUAUUGCAGCCACAAGCAUCUCUUGAACCUUCAGCCCAGAGGCUCUCAGACGGGGAAAUUAAUGCCCAAGACUCAACUUAUAAGGUGUCAAAGGCAGAUGACAGAUAUUCUCAGAGUGUAAUCCGAAGUAAUUCCCGUCUUGAGGAUCAAGUUGUUGGGAUUGCUCUACAAGGGUCAAAAAAAGAAGAAAGCCUGUCUGGUUCAGUGGCACAGCUCAACCAGCAAAUUGGCCAAGUGAAUGCUACAGCUACCCUUGAUCUUAAGAAGGCAGCUGACUUAAUACAAGCUCCCCCAAUGAGGUUGAACACUAAAGACCUAAGCCAGCAGCAUUCUCUUAUACAUAAGAUGCACGAAGCCAAGGUCCAGGAACAACACGAGCACAUCAUUAACGUCUCGCCCCAGAUUCAGGUUCCAAAUCACGCCUUGGGGCAUGGCCAUCAGGCAUCUCUUCCUAAUACGCAGGUCCUUCUAGAUUCUGCCUGUGAUUUACAUAUUCUUCAGCAGUCAAUACUGCAGGCAGGUUUAGGACAAGUAAAGGCGUCUUUACAAGCACAGCGUGUUCAAAGUCCUCAACAGAUAGUUCAUCCUUUCCUUCAGAUGGACGGUCAUGUCAUUCAGAGCAAUGGCGACCAUCCUCAGCAGCAACUCCAUCCCCAAAGUUCUGAAAGUAUGAAAAUGGACCUCUCUGCGUCUUCGAAAUCUUUACAACAUCUUACAACAAAAGGCCAUUUUAGUGAAACCAAUCAACAUGACUCAAAGAAUCAGUUUGUUUCUCUUGGAUCAAUAUGUUUCCCAGAGGCCAUGCUUCUCAGCGAUGAACGAAAUAUUUUAUCAAAUGUAGACGAUAUCUUAGCAGCCACGGCAGCAGCUUGUGGGGUUACACCUGCUGAUUUCUCCAAGUCAGCUUCAGAUGAAGCCAUGCAGGCCGUUGAAGAUGCUGACCCGAAAUCUCAUUUUCCGCAGUCAGUAGGUGUCAGGCACAUGACUUCUGAUUUUAACGCUGUGACUGCUACAGUGGGAAAACCACAGAACAUAAAUGGCGUUUCCUUAAAUGGAAAUCACGUCACCAUCAGCCUUUCACCAGUACCUGCCCUUCAGUCGAAAAUGGCUCUUGAUCAGCAGCACCUCGAGACACCUGGUUCCGGUAUGCCAACGAAGGUCACCUCAGCAGCAGGUGGACCAAACCCCGAAGCCCGGGAGCCGAGUUCUGGCCCACUCAAGAAGCAGCCUGCCACCAGUCCUGAAUCUGAGGAAGACAGCCAGCUGCCUGUUGAUAGUGCGUUAGGUGGUGACAGGAGCCGAGAGCUUGUUUCGAGUAGCAGAAGCCUCAGUGGAGAGAGCGCCGCAGUGGAGAGUGACUUCAUCAUGGGGAGUGAUGAUGAUGCCGUGUCCGUGAACCCCGCGAGGAGUUCCCUUGCGCUGUUGGCGGUGGCCCAGUCUGGGGAUGCUGUCAGCAUCAAGACUGAAGAGGAAAACCAAGAGUUAGUGCAGUUUAACCUUCAGAAGAAGAGAGCGAAAGGAAAAGGGCAAGUCAAAGAGGAAGACAGUAGUAACCAGAAGCAGCUGAAGAGACCUGCACAAGGCAAACGCCAGAAUCUGAGGGGAGCAGACAUCUACUUGCCAUAUGCUCCUCCUUCCUCAGAGAGCUGCCAUGAUGGUUAUCAGCAUCAGGAGAAAAUGAGACAGAAGAUCAAGGAAGUGGAGGAAAAGCAGCCAGAAGUCAAAACAGGGUUUAUUGCUUCUUUCUUAGAUUUUCUGAAAUCUGGGCCCAAGCAGCAGUUUUCCACUCUUGCUGUGCGAAUGCCAAACAGGACUAGACGGCCAGGGACCCAGAUGGUCCGUGCAUUUUGUCCUCCAGCGCCACCAAAGACCUCAUCUGCAACACCCACGCCUUCGGUGUCAGAACCUGGGGGGAACAGUUCGCCAGAAAAAGUGGACAACGAGCCUAAAAGCCUGGACCAUAUGUCUUCAUUUUCUUCUGACGAGGAAGACCCUGGAGCUUGUGGCCGUGACCUUUACAAAAGCAUUGCUAUGCCUUCAGCCGCUUUGGAUGCUACUUCGGAUCAGAGGAAGAAGACAGAAACCCUCCAGGUGGCAACUUCUAGUCCAGCUGCCAGUGGCGCUGGUCCUGUUGCUACUUCCUCCGCCACUGUGGGUGCAGCUAAGCAUGAGCCCGUUCACCCCGCUUCAUCGGCAGCUGGUGUCCUGGAACACGCACACUCUACAGAACCCCCACGGCCCGUCGAACUUGAUGGUCUUUCUUCAGACCAGUUUGCAAAAGGACAGGACACUGUUGCCAUAGAAGGUUUUACAGAUGAGGAGAACACAGAAAGCGGAGGAGAAGGCCAAUACCGAGAACGUGAUGAAUUUGUGGUAAAGAUAGAAGACAUAGAGACAUUUAAGGAGGCUUUAAAAACAGGAAAAGAACCCCCAGCUAUUUGGAAAGUACAAAAAGCUUUAUUACAGAAAUUUGUUCCUGAGAUUCGCGAUGGACAAAGAGAAUUUGCUGCUACAAAUAGUUACCUUGGAUAUUUUGGAGAUGCAAAGAGUAAAUACAAAAGGAUAUAUGUGAAGUUUAUUGAAAAUGCAAACAAAAAGGAAUAUGUCAGAGCAUGUUCCAGAAAGCCAAGAAAUAGGCCUUCACAAACUAUCAGAACUGUUCAAGCCAAGCCGAGUAGUCACAGUAAAACUUCUGAUCCUCCAACAUCAAAAACUACAGCUACAAAAGCCCCUUCCAUGAAACCCAAAGUUAAACAGUUGAAGGUCAAGGCUGAGCCCCCACCAAAGAAACGGAAGAAGUGGAAAGAAGAGUUUUCCUCAUCCCAGUCGGACUCGUCUCCUGAGAUCCAUUCUAGCAGCAGUGAUGGCGAGGAAUUCGAUCCUCCUGCACCCUUUGUCACUCGCUUUUUGAACACGAGAGCAAUGAAGGAGACCUUUAAGAGCUACAUGGAAUUACUUGUCAGCAUAGCUUUGGACCCUGACACAAUGCAGGCCUUGGAGAAGAGCAAUGAUGAGCUACUUUUGCCUCACAUGAAGAAAAUAGAUGGCAUGCUGAGUGACAACCGCAGGAGGCUUCUGUUGAAUCUACACUUGGAUCCGUCCUUCAAGAAUGCUUUGGAAAGUUUUCCUGAGCUAACGAUAAUUCCCCGAGACUCGAAAGCAAAAAGUGGAGGAUCUGCUGUUUCUAAAAUCAAAAUGAAUGGCCGAGCUUACAACAAGAAGACGCUAAGGACUUCUAAAACAGCCACCAAAUCUGCACAAGAGUUUGCUGUCGAUCCAGAGAAAAUACAGUUGUAUUCUUUGUAUCAUUCACUCCAUCAUUAUAAAUAUCAUGUUUAUCUGAUAUGUAAGGAUGAGAUUUCUUCGGUGCAGAAAAACAAUGGAGAUUUAGGGCAGGAGGAAAUUGUCCAACUCUGUAUGAAAAACGUAAAAUGGGUGGAGGACCUGUUUGAAAAAUUUGGAGAACUUCUAAAUCAUGUGCAGCAGAAGUGCUCCUAACGGCUCCCAAAGUCUGCCUUCUUCAUAGCACUGGUGGAAGAGCCUGUGGAGUGGCCCGAGAGAGUCGCAGGCUGGGUCGUGUCCUCCUUCAGGCCUGCCACUCAUCAUGGAACUGCCCCGCCUGAGCUGGGGACAGUGGUGCUGCCACAGAAGUCAGUCCUCUGGAAAUGGACCUGAAGCCCACGUGUUUUUUCCUGAUGAAACAUUUUUCUCUUUUGUAAAUCAUCGGGUAAUGAGUUUUAUUUUCAGAAAUGUUUUUGACAAAUGAGGAAGCAUGCACUAAAUAAAAUUUUUCUUUAUUGCUAGAAAAAUAACACUUAAGUAAUUGAUUUUUUUGUUUUCCGAAUCUCGCUAAACACCAGAUGAAGCUUGUUUUCAUGCCUGGCCACAAAACCGAAAGUAUUGUACAUGGCGUGAACAGAUCAGGCAUGAUGUGACAUCCUGUGAGAAUAUCACCCACUUGAAAUGUAAAUUCAGACACU